AUGUCGGAAGAUUCGAAUUUCUUUUACCUUGAGGGCGGUGAGGGGGUCGCAGCCUGGGUACCACUCGUCGCGGGUGAGCUACUCGGAAAAUCUGAUCUUUCUGAGGUCUCGUUUGCCGUUCUCACGCACCACGUGAUUGUCUUCAUGUCGCAACACCGUGAAAUCCUAUUGGAUCCUUCUAAGCAGGACGCCUGCAGACCAAUGGUUUAUAGGUUCGCCAGACAGGUCAUACCGGAGGUAUGGGGAAAGUACAUGCAGGAUGAAAAUUUCAACCCACUCGAAAGAUUCGCUCAUGUUUAUCGGAUCGUCCGCGAUCUGAUCGAGAUGUGUCUUAAGAUUGAUGUAGAGGAUAUUCCGACCGAGACCAGACGUGUCGCAUGCACUUAUCAGUGGUCAGAAACACCAAGCAGUGACGAGCUCCAGACCUCUUUGGGUAACUCUCCAGAGAACCUCAAGAUGCUUGAAUUCAACUAUCACAUUCCUAUUCCGUUGGAACCUAAGGUUUUAAUUUAUCGCUCGGAUUCCACCAUAGCGAAAUCGAGGUUGACCAAGGAUGUUAUGGGGAAUAGGUUAGAGAGCGCUUUGUUGAGCACUCUUUCUGAUCUUAAUAGUCUUCAUUCCAACAUAUUAGAAAAUAUGCACGGUAAUAGGGCACUGGUGCCAAAGGAGAACUUUGAGCCGGGUGAGAUGAUCUGGUCCACACCACUUCUGGGAUUGAACAUUGGUGGUAUCAGACGCCCUGUUUACGUGGACCCCAAAAAGGUCAUGCUACAUGAUUGCAUGAUGCCCGUUAUGCCUCAUAAGAACGAUGAUAAAGACUUCCAAAACUUUUGCUCAUCGGGCACACAGUCCCCAUCUCGAGAUGACCUAGUAACUGCGAUGAAGAGGUUUAAACUCAAUCCCGACAGUGCUGGUCCGAAAGGUAUCCAGAAAAGGCGCCAUAUUCCAAAAACCAGAUCUCCCCUUCAAAAGAUGCAACUUGCGUGCGACAACGCGUGCCAGUACGACUCUGAUUUCGAUAGAUUCGUCAAUCACAAGAGUCCGCCGAUCAAUAAUUCCCCAGGUUGUAUCUGGUUCUUUGAAUAG